UCGACGACGGACGGACUUCAUUUAUCAUCAUCAAAGGAUUCCUUCACGAUCUCAGUGGUCUCAGCAAGCGAAAUUUCGAUCGCGUGUGAAGCAAUACCCAUACCCGGUGGUUUCCCGGGCUUCUCCGAUUUCAUUGCGCUCACAUCAGGGCAGUUUCGAAACAAGUGCCCGCGUUCUCCACACUCGAAGCAACGUCCCUCGCUCAGUCCCACACCUUCUCGUUCUGGUCCUUCUUCGGGGUUUCGACCGCAGCACUUGACACCGAGAAAGCUCGCCCUCCGUUUUGGCGCUUCUCAUUUGAAUCUGGAGCCAAUACAUUUCUCUUCCACUUGGACUGGGGUUUCGGUGCCUCAGUCCCAUCACUGUCGGCAUCCUCAAGGUCGACGUUUCGGGAUCCAGAUUCGCACGGAACAUUUCCUUGCGAAUCGACGUCUUCAAGCUGCGACAAAACAUCACGACUUUCUCUUGGUUCACUUCCAGACCGAUGGUAUUGAAGAUUUGCUCCCACUCGGCCUUAUGGACUAAUACAGAUUUGUCAUCUUGUUUACACGCGUUCAGCUUCGAGCGCUGUUUCUCACGAAAGUUCACAGGGAAACAGAAAUUGAACAGACCCCAGAAGAAUUCUGACAACGUCCAGACAUGAAAUACGACAAGUAGAACGCUCGUUCAUCAGCGGGGACGCGGCCGAGCUUUAGUCUCUGUUUGGUUGGAACGAUGUGGCAUUGGGGCCGGGCUCCGACUUCCGACAUCCGAGGGAUUGCUGGACGGCGGCUCGGGUGGAGGGGGUCCGCCAAAGCUAUCAACAUCACGCAAGGCACGCUCGAUGAAGCUUCCCGCCCCGGUGCGAGCCGCAGGAGUCCUCUCACCAGUCUGGGCCUGGGACAAGCUUUCAGCUCGCUUGUCCUUGGCAUUCAGCGUCUUAACGGGCGUCGAGGCCCGAGAUUCCGUCACAGCUCUAUGCAGGCUGUCAAUUUGGCGCUGCAAGUCAACAAAACGUUC